CUAGCUAGUAACAUACAUAUAAAGCCCAUCGAGAGUUGAUAAGCAAGGAAACACUUCUAAAAAAGUAAAAUGAUUCCCAUGUUGAGCUUACAAGAAUGUGUCUCGUUGGCAAUAGUUGUUGCCUGGGUGGUUUUGCUAUCUUUCUGCAAAGCCGAUCCAGCAUCAAACAGAGAAGCUGCGGCUCUACUCAAUUGGAAAGAUAGCCUACCAAACCAAUCAGUAUUCAACUCUUGGGUCUCUCCGAUACACACCAAUAAUCCUACUCCUCUAAGUCCAUGUAGAUGGUAUGGAAUAACCUGUAAUAAUGCAGGAAGCGUAAACCAAAUAGACCUGCCAGGGAAAGGCAUAAAUGGAACCCUCAAAAACUUUGAUUUCUCAUCCUUUCCAAACCUUGUCCGUCUUGAUCUUCAAAGAAACAACUUUGGAGGCAGUAUACCAUACAACAUUGGCAUGGUUUCCAAGCUCCAAUUGCUUGACCUUUCAACAAAUUCACUCAAUGGCCCUCUGCCUCUUUCCCUUGCAAAUCUCACUCUGCUCUCUAAGCUUGAUGUUUCCGGUAACCAAAUAACAGGAAUACUAGACAGCCGUUUAUUUCUAGGUGAGUCGUCAACCCAACCCAAAAUUGGUCUUCUAAGUCUCAAAUAUCUACUACUCCAAGAUACUCAGCUUGGAGGCAAAAUUCCUCAAGAAAUAGGAAACUUGAAAUUCUUAGUCACUCUGGUUCUAGACAAAAAUCAUUUCAAUGGUCCUAUCCCUCCUUCUUUUGGUAAUUUGAGCCACUUGCAAAUUCUUAAUCUCGGCAAUAAUCAACUUUCCGGGAAUAUCCCAUCAACAUUAGCAACUCUGAGAAACUUGACCGAUUUGCGUCUGCUUGCUAACAAUUUAUCAGGUAUUGUCCCUAGUGAACUGGGAAAAUUUUCGUCUUUGACUGCUCUGCAUCUGGAAGACAACAACUUUACUGGACGUUUACCUCCACAAGUUUGUAGAGGUGGAAAGCUUGUCAACUUCACUGCAGAAUCCAACAUGUUCACCGGUCCAAUCCCGAUAAGCCUAAGAUACUGCCCAACUCUGUAUCGGCUUGGGCUUCAACAAAACCAACUAACAGGGCAUAUAGACCAAGACCUUGGUGUGUAUCCCAACCUUACUUAUAUCCUUCUGAGCUCCAACAAAUUGCGAGGUGAGCUCUCACCAAAGUGGGGUGAAUGUCGAAGCUUAGCGCUACUGAGUAUUGCAGGUAAUAUGAUUAGUGGAAAAAUCCCAAAUGAAAUUGUCCAGUUGGACCAACUAGAGAAGCUUGAUCUCUCUUCAAAUAAAUUGUCCGGUGAGAUACCGCCACAGAUCGGAAAUUUAUCCAAGUUAGCCUUCCUUAGCCUCCAAGAUAAUCAGCUUUCAGGCAGAAUACCUGAGAGGAUUGGAUCAUUAUCUAACUUGGAGUCCUUGGACCUCUCAACGAACAUGUUAAGUGGGUCGAUUCCAUCUCAAAUAGCCAACUGCCACAAGCUACGAACUUUGAAUUUGAGCAAGAAUAAGCUGAGUGGUACAAUCCCGGAUGAGAUUGGUAAUCUGUCCAAUUCCUUACAUGAUUUGCUAGAUUUGAGUUACAACUCGCUUAGUGGAGAAAUACCAGAAGAGCUUGGGAUGCUUUCAGGGCUAGAGAAAUUGAAUCUCUCCCACAACAAUCUCACUGGCCCAAUCCCUGAUUUACUCAGCAGCAUGGGAAGCUUAACAUACAUCGACCUCUCAAACAACUUUUUGGAAAGUCCUCUUCCUGAUUUGAAAGAAUAUCGGAAACCUCCACUGCCAAAGGCAUCAACCAACGGCAUAAAUUUAUGCGGGAAUAUAACAGCUAUGAGGUCUUGCACGGAAACGAGGUAUGUUAGGACCAAAAUUUCGUACGAAGACAUAUUGGAAGGGACACAGAAUUUUGAUGACAUGUAUUGCAUUGGUGAGGGAGGGUUUGGGAAAGUAUACAUAGCGUAUAUUCCAGGUCAUGAUGUAUAAGCAGUAAAGAAGCUGAGUUAUGAGUCAGAGAUGGAGAAUGCAAAACAUGUUGAGAACGAAGUAGCAAUUUUGAAACAAAUCAAGCAUCCAAACAUUGUGAAACUCUUUGCAUUCUGCUCUAGAGAGAUUCAUAAAUUUUUGGUAUGGGAGUACAUGGAAAGGGGAAGUUUGGCAAAUAUGCUAAAAAGUGAGUACACUGCAAACGCGCUAGAUUGGGAGAAGAGGAUUCGAGUAGUGAAAGGAGUAGCCAAUGCUUUAUGUUAUAUGCACUAUGAUUUUGUGCCUCAUAUGAUUCAUCGAGACAUAACUAGCAACAACAUUUUGUUGGACUCAAAACUUGAAGCUCAUGUCUCAGAUUUUGGCACAGCAAGGAUUCUUAACCCUGAUUCCUCAAACCAUACCAUAGUUGCUGGCACCUAUGGGUACCUUGCACCAGAGCUUGCUUACACCAUGGUAAUGACAGAAAAAUGUGAUGUGUAUAGCUUUGGUGUUCUGGCUCUUGAGGUUCUAAUGGGAAAGCACCCUGGGGAACUCAUUUUCAGUCUGCACUAUUCAUCUUCUGUUGAAAGCAUGCAACAUAAAGAUGUAUUGGAUCCGCGUCUCCCACCCCCUGCAACUCAAGACAUUGAUGAUAAAUUAGAUUUGAUUAUGAAGCUUGCUAUCUCAUGUUUGUCUCCCAAUCCAGAAGCUCGUCCUAGCAUGAGAAGCGCCUCUGAGCUACUUGAAAAUGGAGGCACUUGAUGGCUAGAAAUGUUCUAAUUAGACAUGUCUCUUAGCAUGUAUAACAUGCAUGCAUUAACUUGGUUUGGCUAUGGUCUGUUUAAUGAGUUUUAAGGAUUUGUUUAGUAUAACUAAUGUAAGUAGAACCUUUGACGAUACUCGUUUUUAAAUAAGUUUUUUUUAUUAAAAAAAUUAAUAAAUGUUUAGUUGAUACCAAUUGU